AUCAAUGCUCAUGCUCCUUCUUCCCCAGAACCAUCAAGAUGUGGAACACUCUCCCAGUAAAUGUUGUGAUAGCACCAUCAACCGAAGCCUUUCGUCUGCAAGUGACAAAAGGCAACAAAAGCUAGAUCCAUACCUGUUUUUACUUGCACCCAUGUAUAUAUUUGGCACAGUAUGCACGACACACACUACACCAAGUUCUGCAAGAAUCUUCAUGAUUGAAGGAGCAGACUACACAGAAGAAGAAGAAAUUUUUGCUUGAUUUCUGGAUCAUUUCAUCUCCAAUUGACCAAGAUUAAAGAUGAAGUUCAGAUGAUGAUGAGAUGGAAAGCUCCUCCUCUGUUUGCCAAGCAGAGAAGAGCCCCAAGAUGACUAAGAAAGAAAGAACUGCUUUACGACAUCAGCGGUUGAUAGCAGCAAACAACGACCGGCAAGGACGCGUACCACGUGUGUGCGUAGAUCUCAGUCUUGGUCAUCUAAUGAAUGAAAGGGAGCUGAGGAGCCUUGUUUGCCAGAUCAGACAGAUCUAUGGAUCCAACCGAAGAGCCGAUCAUCCCAUGCAGAUUUGGCUAACCAGUCUGGACACAGAGGGCGACAUUUAUAAAACAUCCCUUCGAAAGAAUGAUGGAUUUGAACUCUAUGUGAUGAACAAGACAAGUCAGCAUUACAGUGCAAUAUUCUCCCAGGAAGAUGUCAUAUAUUUGACCCCGGAUUCUCCAAAUGUUUUGACUGAAAUAGAGGCUUGCAAGGUGUAUAUAAUCGGUGGACUGGUGGAUGAAUCAGUCAUACCUAAUGCGACCUUUGACCUUGCGAAGGAAAGAGGCUAUGAUACUGCCAAGCUACCUAUAAUGAGAUGCAUGAAGCAUGCUGAGAAAGGAACAUUUAGCACAGUUCUUGCCAUAAACCAAGUGUUUGAGAUCUUGCUGAGGUAUUACAACGCCGGAAGCUGGGAAUCUUCUGUUGUGUCCGUAAUACCGAAGAGGAAAGGGUUCAUUCCAAGGUGACAGGUCAGAUGUACCUCAAGCAAGCUGCCAAGUUCAUUCAAGAUUGAAAAAAAACUUUGUAGAUAUGUGAUGGCACAUAACGGCAUAAAUACCAGUUGUGUUGAAUGAUCUUUCAAUGAGUUUGAACGGAAUCCGAUAAAAUGACCACCCAAGUGUUUGUAUGUAUGAUAAAAAAUAUGUGCCAAAUUAUUUUGGUAGAAAAUGAGUAAUCACUGAGAAAUGAGCGAAAUCAGCAUGGCAAUCCAUCCAGGCGUUGAUCUUUUUUCAGUGUAAUAAAAAAUGCACUGUCCCA